CGUGUCGUGGGCGGGACGGCGGAGCUGGGCGCCAUGUCGCGGCGGCGGUGGCGCGGCCCUCAGGGCGCCGAGGGUGGCGGGCGCGGAGCCGACAUGGGGAAGAUGGCUACGGGCGGCGGCGGCGGCGGUUCUGGCCGAUAUUACGGCGGCGGUGGCGGCAGCGAAGGCGGGAGAGCCCCUAAACGCCUGAAAACCGAGAGCGCGGAGGCGCCGCCUCAUGGGCCCGGUGGGCCGGGGGGCGCGGGCGGCGGGGCCGGCGCGGGAGGAUCGGAGAACUACGAGGACCCCCACAAGACGCCGGCGUCGCCCGUGGUUCACAUCCGCGGCCUCAUCGACGGCAUCGUGGAGGCCGACCUGGUGGAGGCGCUGCAGGAGUUCGGGCCCAUCAGGUGGGGACACUGGGGACACGGUGGGGACAGUGUCAGUGUACUGGGGACAUGGGGACAGUGUGCUAGGGACGUCACCAACAAUGUGCUGCUCUUUGCCAUCCUCAACCCCAUCUACUCCAUCACCACGGACGUGCUCUACACCAUCUGCAACCCCUGCGGGCCGGUGCAGCGCAUCGUCAUCUUCCGCAAGAACGGCGUGCAGGCCAUGGUGGAGUUCGACUCGGUGCAGAGCGCGCAGCGCGCCAAGGCCUCGCUCAACGGCGCCGACAUCUACUCGGGCUGCUGCACCCUCAAGAUCGAGUACGCCAAGCCCAGCCGCCUGAACGUGUUCAAGAACGACCAGGACACCUGGGACUACACCAACCCCAACCUGAGCGGGACAGGUAAGGCAGGGCAGCCUCAUCUGGGCCAGGUGGGCACCAGGGAGGGAGGGGCCACGGCCCCGCCCCAGCUUUGGGGAGGAUCCCUGGGAUUUUGGGAGGUUUGGAAAGGGGGAGGAGCUGGGUAAUGCUUCUCAGAAUUG